AUGCACUUGACAAAAUUCAGUGAUAUGAUGGGAAACAAUGCAAUACCUCCUGGAGGCUUCAUAAAUUAUAUCCAGCCUAAUUUCUCUGAACAAUUUAAUUUUGUUGGAGAACAUUCUCAGCCAGAAGAAUUCUCAACUCCUAUUUCAGCUAGGGACAAUACAUAUGUUUCAGUUGACAGUGGUGAUGAGGCACCUAGGACUGAGAAGCGAGUCUUUUGGACUCAAGAAGAAGAUGUCAGGAUGAUGAGUUCUUGGCUGCUCAAUUCAACAGACUCAACUAUUGGUGCUGAUAGGAAAAAUGAUCAGUAUUGGACUGAUGUUGAGGCUUUUACAAUGAGACUACACCAAGCUAGAAUGAUUUACACUAGUGGCUAUAAUGAUCAAAUGUGGAUUGAGAAGGCCCAUGUAUUUUAUAUAAAAGACAAUGAGAAACUCAGUCUUGGUCCUUUUGUGUUGAUGGAAGUAUGGAACACAGUAAAAACUGAAGCAAAGUGGAUCACAUACAACAAUGGACUUAAAGCAGCAAGAAAAAGAACAGCAACAAAGGGUUUAGGCACAGAGAAGGACGAAAUAUAUCCUGAGUGGGCUGCCUUCGUGAAGACAAUAAGAAAACCUCAAACGGAGAAACAUAAAUUAAAUGCGCAACGACAAGACGGGGCAAGGAAGGAUGUCAAGUGCGCAUUUGGUGUGUUGCAAUCCCGUUUUGAUAUUGUCAACCGUCCAGCACGGCUGUGGAAAAGGAAUGAUGUGGUUAAUAUAAUGCAAGCUUGCGUUAUCCUCCAUAAUAUGAUACUGGAAGAUGAAAAGGAUUUGGUUAGAAUUCCGUUGGAUUUGAAUGAAAAUCCAAGUGCAACCAUUGUCCUACCACCGGAAGUGCAAACAAAUGACAACUCUAAUCCAUGCUUUGUCGACGUGUUUAACCGAAACUCGACUAUUCGGGCUGGCUCUACACAUCGACAACUCAAGAAUGAUUUAGUUGAGCAUAUAUGGCAGCGUUAUGGGCCAAGAGGAGGUUAG